UUCAAAUGAGCUACAAAACCAUAGACCCCAGAGAUGCUUCGCGCCCGGCUGGGGGCGGUAGGGCGGAGCUUGUGGUCACGUGAGUGUCUAGGCCCGCCCCCCUCUGCAGCUGAAGACUUCCCCUCCCGCAGUGACAGAGCCUUUGGGUCUGUGAUCGCUACAGUUUCUGCACCUCGCGCCCCGGCAGUUCCAUACCUGCUUACUCAUCCACCACUUCUAGUGCAUCUUUUGGAAGCCAAAAAUCUUGGUAAAUUAACAUGAUGGAUUUCUCCAAGCUACCCAAAAUAGCUGACGAAGAUAAAGAAAGCACAUUUGGUUAUGUGCAUGGGGUCUCAGGACCUGUGGUCACAGCCUGCAACAUGGCAGGUGCCGCCAUGUAUGAGCUGGUGAGAGUGGGCCACAGUGAGUUGGUUGGAGAGAUUAUUCGUUUGGAGGGUGACAUGGCUACCAUUCAGGUGUAUGAAGAAACCUCUGGUGUGUCGGUUGGAGAUCCUGUACUUCGCACUGGUAAACCCCUCUCUGUAGAACUUGGUCCUGGCAUUAUGGGAGCCAUUUUUGAUGGCAUUCAAAGACCUUUGUCAGAUAUCAGCAGCCAGACCCAAAGUAUCUACAUUCCAAGAGGAGUAAAUGUGUCUGCUCUUAGCAGAGAUAUCAAGUGGGAUUUUACACCUUGCAAAAGCCUACGGGUUGGUAGUCAUAUCACUGGUGGAGAUAUUUAUGGAACUGUCAUUGAGAACUCACUCAUCAAACAUAAAAUCAUGUUACCCCCACGAAACAGAGGAACUGUGACUUAUAUUGCACCACCUGGGAACUAUGAUACCUCUGAUGUUGUCUUGGAGCUUGAAUUUGAAGGUGUAAAGGAGAAGUUCAGCAUGGUCCAAGUAUGGCCUGUACGUCAGGUUAGGCCUGUCACUGAGAAGCUACCAGCCAAUCAUCCUUUGUUGACAGGCCAGAGAGUCUUGGAUGCUCUUUUUCCAUGUGUGCAAGGAGGAACAACUGCUAUCCCUGGAGCUUUUGGCUGUGGAAAGACUGUGAUAUCACAGUCUCUAUCCAAGUAUUCCAACAGUGAUGUGAUCAUCUAUGUAGGGUGUGGUGAAAGAGGAAAUGAGAUGUCUGAAGUCCUUAGGGACUUCCCAGAGCUUACAAUGGAAGUUGACGGUAAGGUAGAGUCAAUUAUGAAGAGAACAGCUUUGGUAGCCAAUACCUCCAAUAUGCCUGUUGCUGCAAGAGAAGCAUCUAUUUAUACUGGAAUUACACUGUCUGAAUAUUUCCGUGACAUGGGCUAUCAUGUCAGUAUGAUGGCUGACUCUACCUCUAGAUGGGCUGAGGCCCUUAGAGAAAUCUCUGGUCGCUUGGCUGAGAUGCCUGCAGACAGUGGAUACCCUGCAUAUCUCGGUGCCCGUCUGGCCUCUUUCUAUGAGCGAGCAGGCAGGGUGAAAUGUCUUGGAAAUCCUGAAAGAGAAGGGAGUGUCAGCAUUGUAGGAGCAGUUUCUCCACCUGGUGGUGAUUUUUCUGACCCAGUUACAUCUGCCACUCUUGGAAUUGUUCAGGUGUUCUGGGGCCUAGAUAAGAAACUAGCUCAACGUAAGCAUUUCCCCUCUGUCAACUGGCUUAUCAGCUACAGCAAGUACAUGCGUGCCUUGGACGAGUACUAUGACAAACACUUCACAGAGUUUGUUCCUCUGAGGACCAAAGCCAAAGAGAUUCUGCAGGAAGAAGAAGACCUGGCAGAAAUUGUACAGCUUGUGGGAAAAGCUUCACUAGCAGAAACAGAUAAAAUCACUCUGGAGGUUGCAAAACUUAUUAAAGAUGAUUUCCUACAACAAAAUGGAUACACUCCUUAUGACAGGUUCUGCCCUUUCUACAAGACAGUAGGAAUGCUGUCCAACAUGAUUGCAUUUUAUGAUAUGGCCCGUAGAGCAGUUGAAACCACUGCCCAGAGUGACAAUAAAAUCACAUGGUCCAUUAUCCGUGAGCACAUGGGGGAGAUCCUCUAUAAACUUUCCUCCAUGAAAUUCAAGGAUCCUGUGAAAGAUGGUGAGGCUAAGAUCAAGGCUGACUAUGCACAACUUCUUGAAGACAUGCAGAAUGCAUUCCGUAGCCUUGAAGAUUAGAACUGUGAUUUCUUUCCUCCUUUUCCUGAACAAGUUCCUAUGUGUACAUUUUCCUAAAUUUCUCAUCUCAAACCCUCUGCUUCUUUAUUGUGCAGCUUUGAGAUUAGUGCCUAUGUGUGUUAUCAUUGUUUCCCUGUUUAUUUGACAAGUAAACAUUCCUUUGUACAAGUGUUUGAAGGACCUCCCUGAUCCUUUCUCCGAAGUGGUGAAUGUAGUAAAUAUGAUAUACAAUGGCUACACUACUGUAAACUUGUAUGUAUGGCGACAUCUCUCCUUGUCUUUGGUUUGCCCUUUCCUCAUCACCAUUAAAUUGUAAACGGACUACUGCAUGUACUCUCUUUGCAUUGGAUUUGGAAUGGAAAGCCAGAUUUCCAUAUAUUUUUGACAGGUACUCUGAAAUGACUCAAUAUCUAUAUGGUAAGGUUAUUUGUAGCUUAGCAUUUUGCUAAGUAACUAUUUUGUUUCUUUUUUAAACAUGAGCGUUUAUGAAUUACUCCCUCCAGUGCAAAUCAGGAAUAUUUAUGGGAAACUGUUGGGAACCUACUGUUUUCAAAACAGGCCUUUGAGGGACUCAGCAUGAUUUAUGAAUCAGUACCUCUUAAAAAGUGAAAAA